UUUUGGAACUACCAUUACACAUGUACAAUAAUAUCAUUGCACUGAUACAACUACCAGUGACCUGAAAAAGGAAAGUGAUUAAUAUGUGUUUUUAAAUCAUACAAAUUAUUAAAUGCAACACUAAUUAAUUACCUUAAAAACCUAUAAUUAAUAGGGGGUAAAUUAUAAGGAUGGUCACUGGAAUUACUAAAAACUUUCAUGUUUAGUCACUAGAAAUAUUUAAUUUCAUUCGUGGUCAUUAAAAUUUGUUAAACGUUUCAAGUUUGGUUACUCUCCGUCCAACUCCGUUAAAUUUUUCUUAUGUGGCAGUCAACUUCUAUAGUUGACCGUUAAAUGUGUGACGUGGAAAUUCAAAAAUAAUAAAAUAAAUAAAAAUUAAUUUUUAAAAUUUUCACCUCAUUUUCAACUAUUUAAAAAUAAAAAUAAUCUCUUAUAAUCCAACAAACCCUUACCGUCCUUGCCUGCACAGUUUCCCACCGCCGCCUAUCGAUAUCUCUUCUCGUCGCUGUGUCCCCUAGCCGGUGAGACAUUCUACCUAGAGUCACAUACAUGAAAGAGAAUGAGGGUUGAGCUUGCCGAGACGGGAGUACAUCAAAACGCCAGCGAAGAAAACGAGCAAUCGGCGAAGAAGAAUAAUGCGAAAGAACUCAUUGGAGAGGAAGAAGAAGAAGAAGAAGGGGUACUGCGCGGCUUAGGAAGCUUACUCGGAGAUGGCAGAUUGGUCACUGUAAAAUCAUCUCACAGAACGCUGUACGGUAUCAGAGAAGAAGAUAAAACAGAGGCCGAGUUCCAAAAAGAAAAAACAGAGACCAGUUUCCAUCUCGAUCGGAAUCGCAAAAACCACCUCCCAGAAUUCGGCGACCCAUGGCCCGGGCUGAGAAACCUUGAGGCCAAAGCGAUGACUAAGAAGAAGAAGCAAUGGAGGGCAAUUGGGGGGAGAGAGAUAGAGAGAGGGAGAUAGGGAAUGACAAAUUCAUUGAAUCAAUCGGAGAGAAAGUUGCGUAGAUUGGAGAGUGGAGGAAGGAGAUAAUUGACUAAUUUCCAAAACCAAUAGUUUCACUCCUUCCUUCCUUUGCCUGCUGCUGUUUCUCGCCCUGUUUUUCCUUUCUAUCUUUGCCUUCUCUCAUUAAUUUUGGAUUUUUACUACCUCAUGGUACAAAGAAACUUGCAACCCACAGGUGGCUGAGAAUCACAUUGUUGUAAAGGGUAGUGCGGAGCAAGCGAGCAUGGAUGUGGCCGAGGGUAAAUGUAAUUGAAGGAUUGGAAAAGUAUAAAGUAAUUGGAAACCAAGGAUGAUGGCGUAGCUGGUUCUUCCAAUGUAAUGUUGAAAAAAAGGACUUUGUUGCACUGGAAGGUAGCAACCGCUACUAUUCUGAACCGACAAGCUUGGGAUUGCAGGAGGAGGAAGGGAAAUCGGGAGAAGCGGAGAGAGCGAGAGCGGCUGAAGCGGUGCGGUGGCAGAGCAGCUGAAGCGCGGCGGAUGAAUCGGGAGGAUAAAGGAGUAGUAUUCCCCGUUUGUUCUUCUUUUAAUGGUUUAUAAUUUUUUUUUAUCUUUUUAAUUGUUAAAAUGAGAAAUGAGGUGGAAAAUUUUAAAAAUUAAUUUUUAUUUGUUUUAUUAUUUUUGAACUGCCAUGUCACACACUUAACGAUCAACUAUAAAAGUUGACUGCCACAUAAGCAAAAUUUAACAGAAUUGGACGGAGAGUGACCAAACUUGAAACGUUUAACUAAUUUUAGUGACCACAAAUGGAAUUAAAUAUUUCCAGUGACUAAAUAUGAACGUUUUUAGUAAUGUCAAUGACCAACCAUGCAAUUUACCCUUAAUAGGGGGUGUCAUUUUUCCAACCCUUUUAGGGUAGGCAUGCUAUCUCAUCCUAUAGAAGGAUAGAAUAAUCCGCAACAUAUAUAAAGAAAGCCCGACCUGAUGAUCCGGAGACAGGAUUGGUUGGUACUAGCUAUUCGAUCCAAAAUAAGAAAGCAAUGACCUCUUGAGAAGAGGUAAGAACCCAAACCUUCUUUAUGAGUCAUUAAUGAAUGACAAAUUUGAAUCUAUGACAUAUGAUUCUAUGCAUGGAAUUGAGAUUUGAGAAUGCUAGAGAACCGAGAUUUGAUGCAUGAUUAUUGAGAUGUGCUUUUCCUCGAUGAUUAGAGUAUAAAUUUGAAUGCAUGCUGCAGAAUAGAGUAAUUUUGUUUACAUGAGUGUGUGUGAAGAAUAUAUGGGAAUAGAAUAGGUUAACUUCCCCACAGUGACGAUAUUGUAAGAAGUACUAUCAUCAGUACUACACGAACCACUUAGGUUGUUCUGAAACAUUAAAGUUUCAAGAAUGAAAGCAGCAAGCCGAACCAGAUCCACACCAAAUAGAAUGGUACCCUUUGUGGUAAACUAUAAGAUUGCGUGCCAAUCCUCUAAGAAUGACUAUGUGUUUCCCUGCUAAAGUUGCGAGUAACUAGGUCAUAUGACAUGAAAGUGUAAGAACAAGUUAACCUAGUGUAAACUUGACUAAAGAAGAGAAUUUGAUGAUAAUGAUCACUGAAGUGAUGAAAGAAGUAGGCCUUAAUGGUAACUCUGAAGAAUGGUGGUUGGAUAUUGGCGCCUCAAGGCAUGUGUGUGAUAAAUGAGCUAAACUCAAUCAUACAUUGAGGUGUAUCGAAGGAAAAAGUGUUGUUGGGAAGUGCCCUCACCACUACUGUCGAUGGUUCUGGAAAAGUGGAAGUGAAUCUUACCUUUAUAAAUAUCAGAGGUCACUAGAAUUAGAAUAUCAGAGGUCACAUUCCCAUAUUUCUCUUGAACGCUUAAGAUAAAUAUGAAUUUUGUAUCCAAGUUAAAUGACCCAUAAAUAUGUGGUUAGAAAAUCAGAAUAGAUAGAUCUGAUUUAUUUUGAUAUGGGUAAACGUGAUAGAAAGACAAUAGAAGAUUAUUGCUCUAUAGGGUGCUAUGAUAGGUUGUUUGAUAAUUUGAGAUGCUUAUUUGAGUUCACUGAUUAUUUGAUAUAUGUUGCAUGCUUGUGGUAGAAGAAUCAAUGUAAUAUGAUGACUAGUAGAGCAUAUGAAUGUAUUUUAAUUGGUUAAACAAUAUUAAAACACAUAAACCAAUGAAAUGAAAUACUCAUUAUGUUGUGGAAUCCAUGGAUGCCAAUAGACUUCCAUUUAAAAUAAAGAGAUAGUAGGGGGUUGUAUCCCACCUACUAUUAGAAAUAAUAGAACUAGUGGGGUGGUGAAUCUGAGUAUGAACUCAUAAGAAGAAAACGAACCAUAAUUCGAUAAAGGAUUUUGUUUAUAAGUUUGUUAUUUACAACCUAAGAAAGAUGCUACAAGUCUGCUAGAAGUUCAAACUUCUGUAAGGUGCAAAAUUGUGGGAAGAAGCCAUUAUUAAUAAAAUGGAAUAAUGAGAGUCUAAUAAGACUUAGAAACUUGUAGAGUUACAUUUUGGUUGUAAAGCCUUAGGUAAUAUAUCGAUGAAAUCAAUAAAGAUUUGGCAUCUUUGAGAAUUACCUCAUGGCAAUGAAGCCUAGGUAAAUAAAUGGAUUCUCAAAAGAAAACCGAAACCUAAUGGUUUAGUUUAUGAGUAUAAGGAUCGCCUAGUAGUUAAGACUUUAGGCAAAAAGGAAAAAACUGUAGAUUUUCUUGAUAUAUAUUCACCAAAUUUAGAAUAACACCCAGGUAUCUGAUUGCUAGUGUGCAUUAGAUGGAUGUUAAAAUUGCAUUUUGUGAAUGGUGAUUUAGAUAAAGAAAUCUACAUUGGGACAACCUAAAAGGUUGUUAUUCUUGAACAUGCUUUUACAGUCUAUGGUGAGACAAAUCAUGAUAUGAUUUGAAACAGACUUUAAAGAUCAAGACAUGGAUGGAUGGUUCUCUCUCAUGGUUUUUGAAUGAAAGUGGCAAGUGCAUUUGUUACUAACUUGAGAAUGACACUUCCACUAUAAUAGACAUGUUGAUCCUUGUUGCAAAAACUCAUGAGACGAAUAAAUGUGAAAAACCAUGUUGAGUGAGAACCUUGAUGAGAAUGAUCCAAGCGUUUCACUUAGAGAUCCAAAUGACUAGGAAAAUGAAAGAAAUUUUUUAUAGAUCAAUCUAACUGUUUGGUUAAGAUCUAUAAGAAAUACAAGUUGUGCACUUGCCUAAAUGUUUGAAGAUGCUAGUACAAUUCGUAAAAAGAGCACCAAAGACGAUGUAAGAAAGUAAGAACAUACUAGCAUCGAUAGUCUGCGAGCGGCAGCUGAUAAACACGAGACCUGACAUAGUGGGGGUACUUGACAGGUUUAUUGAUUGUCCUAAUAUGAAGCAUUAAAAUGCUAUUGAAAGGGGUCAUGGCACACCUUAAAAGAAUAGAAAAACCUUGGUAUUUUUUAUCAAAGGUUUUGCUGUAUUGGUAGGGUAUAGUGAUGCGGACUAGAAUACCCUAUAGAGGACUCCAAGAUAACCACAAGCUAUGUUUUAAACAUCGAUAGGGAAGUUGUGUCUUGGAAGUCUAAGAAAAAGAAGUAAACGAUCCUGGCUCAAUCAACUAUGGAAUCAGAAAUGAUAGAACUAGCAAUGGCUAGUAAAGUAGAAAGUUGAUUUAGAGGGUCAUUACUAGAGAUUCCCAUAUGGGAAAGACCGUAUCCCCCGGUAUUGAUCCAUUGCGAUAGCAAUGGCUAAAUAGAACCGUAACAAACGGUGAGAGGCGACAAGUUCGUCAUAAGAACAGUACUGGAAGAGAGAGUCCCUAACUGUUGGAGCAGUAAGGGUGGAUCACUUAAAAGAGAAUCUAGUUUAUCCUUUGACGAAAGCACUAGCUAGAGAGAAAGUCCAAAAUGCCACGAAGGGUAUGAGACUUAUGCCUACCGAACCAUGGAUUACAAGUAAUGGUAACCCGACCCGAUAGACUGGAGAUCCCAAGAAACGGGUUCAAUGGGUAAUAACAAGCCAUGCUUAAUAUUGAGAAAAGUUAGUGCAUAGUGAAGCAUGAAUCCCAAAGCCUUGGAGGGUGAGUUAAACUCUUAAUGAGAUCUAUACUCUAUGUGGAGUGAAGUAAUUUACUUUGGGGGUACUUCUGAUAGACUCACCUAUGUGAAUGUGGGAGUGGGGCCGCUCCCUAUGGAACUUUGGAGGCACAAAGUUGCUAGAGCGUUCACUAAAUCGGGAUAACAUGCAUGGCCAUAAACGCACGGCCUAUGAGAGAAUAUCACUCAACGAAAAAAUCCGGUGUGCUACACUGUCUGAGAUAGGGUUCACGACUACGAGUCACCCUUAUGAAAUCAAAAGUGUAACCACUGUGCUAAGGUUCAAAUCUUCGCGAUACCUUAGUUUAUGCCCGAUCUUAUGGAAUUGUUGAUGCUCAGAGAUAGUUUCAAAACUAUUCAAGUGGGGGAUUGUUGGGAUGAAUAGCUUUGAAAAGCUAUAAAUGAAUUCCUAAUUAAUUAUCCAGUAUUUUCCCAUAAUACGAAAAUAAGAUGGAUAAUUAAUAAAUGGAAUAUUAUGGAGAUAAUUAGGAUUAAUUAUCUUAAUAGUAUAUAUUUUUAUUAUGGCAGUAAUUAUCUUCCUGAUUAAAAUGUGACUUAUUCCCAAAGAAAGAGGGAAUAUUCUGGGUUUUCUGUUCCUAUAAAUAGCAGACCCUCAUACUCUCUAAAAAAACACUGGAAGAGCAUAAACACGAGAGAGAGAGAGAGUUCAUAGAGCUCCGGUUUCGCACAAAACCGAUGAGCAACAUAAUCAGAGUGGUUGUUUUGUCCUGGAGGCGACCAGCUGAUAGUCUGUUGUGCGCAUUACGAGGCAGUGCCGCAAACGUCUUAAAGAGAGCGACCUAGUCCGCGACUCACCAAAUCGACAACCCUAAUUUUUUAUGUUUGAUUUCUAUGAGGAAUUGGGAGAGUGUGAGUACGGCGAGAGAGACGGGUAGCUGCGCAACGAAGGAGAAGCGGUCGGCGGCGACUAGGGUUCUCAGCAUUCAUCCACUCCGAUUUCUUUCUGUCAUUUGUUUAAAUAAAUUUUAGUUUUCUUAUUUUGUAGUUUGUGAAGCCAGGUUCAUAUUAUUUGCAAACGUAUCCUAGUGAUGGAAGUGGGCUAAGGGUAAAUAUAAACAAAGGUAAGUUUAUAUUAAUGGCCCCCCAAUGUCUUCACAUGCAGCAGUAAGGCCCAGCGUUGAGUGACGAAAAUGAACUGAAAGCAAGGUUGUCAAACUAGUUUAUAUCGUUGUGCCGGUUUGGCAAGUGGAAUGGUACGACCGGUGGUAUAACUAGCUUGUGUCGGUUCAUGUCGGUUUAAAAAAAUGUGAAAACAAUUAAUAUCCAAUGUAUUUAAUCAUAUAUAAAACAUAUUUGUGGACAAUUUAGUUACAAUCCAACAAAUAUCAUUAACUUUUAACUAUUACAUUCAUAAAAUGAAUAAUAAAUUAAUUUUUUUAUUUAUUAAAUUCAUUAAAAUAAUAUUAUUUUACUUAGAAUGCGUAAGUCGAUCAUACCGGUCAUACCGGUGGUGUCAUGCCGAUUUCAUGACCGGCACAAGUUGAACCAGGUUGAACCGGGUGGCAUGCCACCGGCGUGACAACCAUGAUUGAAAGGCUUGAAUAGUGUGGAGGUAAAUUACCAUUUGGGGUCUCCGGAAAUUACUCCAUGGCCAGCAAUUUUGAAAUACUAAACUAUCACCAAUUCGACUAUAAUAUAUUUGUAGAUUUGUCUUUUAAGUUGAUUGUUGAUAAAAAAAAAUUAAUGUAGUCAGUAGCCACUUAUCUUUCAUACUUUGUUUUCUUACUUUAAUUUCAAACUAGAUAAAUUUAAGGGUAAUGUCUAUUUUUUAUCCAAAUUUUUUUCAGAUUCUUUUAUAUUAUCUAAAUCUAUCAAAAUGCUAUUAGUUAGUCAAAUCUUUCGUAAUACAUCAAAAUAUUAACAAUUUUUACGUUAUCGUUAAUAAUUGUGUAACUCUUUUCUCAGUUAAAAUACUAAACUUUUGGAAUGUUGACCUCCAUGUGUCUCUUCCAAGUAGGGGUGGGCAUUCGGUAAAACCGAACCUAACCGAACCGAAUUCAAACCGAACCGAAACCGAAUAACAUUACUUCGGUUCAGAAUUCGGAAGAGAAAAGGGUAUAUUUCGGAAACCAAGGUCCUUUCGACCAAACCGAUUUUCCGAAUUCCGAACCAAUUUUUCGAAUUACUAUAAUUGCAAGUUCCUAAUGGUGAAUUUUUAUGUUUGUACUUAUUAUAAGACUUAAAUAUUUGAAUUAUGUUAGUGUUUUAUGAGUUAUGUGUUGAAAUGUUUGAUUUUAUCAUUGAUGAUGCAUUUAAUUGCAUAUUUAUUGUUUACAUUAGGGGUGAAAAAUAAUUUGAAAGAGAAAAAAUACAAGCUAACCUCACAAUUUCGGUUUUUCAUACAAAACCGAACCAAACCGAAUUAUCAUUCGGUUUGAAACGACCGAACCGAAUUAUAAUUCGGUUCGAAUUCGGUUUGAGGUUUGAUGGAACAUGGAAACCCGGUAUACAUUAUUUCGGUUCGGUUUGAACCGAAUCGACCGAAUGCCCACCCCUACUUCCAAGUUAGUAUCAUGUUGCCAAGUCAAUAUUACUAAAAAAACUGCUAACUGAAAGUUAACAUUUGGCUAAUUCUUAGUAUUUUGAUAGGUUUGAAUAAUAUAAAAGAAUCUGAAAAAGGUUUGGAUAAAAAAUAGACAUUACCCUAAAUUUAAUUCAACUUAUAAAUUUAUAUCUUCAAAGAUAAUUUUGAAUAUAUACCAAAUAAUUUAAUUAUUUUCCCCAUAUUCAGAGAGCAUGUGGAUAACAGGGGCAGGGCGAUUAUAUUUGCCGCACUCCGUAGCAAGGGAUUGAAGCACCAGUCGAUAUCACUGCGUUUCGUUUGGAUUUAGUAGCUUAUAGCAAAUAUUAAUUUUGUUUGUUUAAUUACUAUGUUUUGUAUGACCCGUCUUUGCAACACAAAUAUUUAAACUCAGUUUUAGUGAAACUUUCUUGAACCUCUAUUCAAUCCUUUCUUCAUGACUUAUAUAUUCAACUAUUAAAUCCAACUAGGAUCUUUACCUAUCUUUUUGGUUUACCGCUUACAGUAUAAAGCAAUGAAAUCUGCUUUCUCUCUCUUCAAUAUGGUACAAAAGGAGAAACGAUAAAUACUGGAGAUGACCAGUUUUGCAUAAAAUAAAUACUGGAGCUGGCCAGUUGAACUGCAUCCAAGAUAAGCGUACCAAAAACUCCUUAUCAUUUUGAAUCUGCUUAAGGAUUCCUCCAUAUGCUAGGUCAGAGGCAUCGGUUUUGACGAUUUUAGGGAGAGAAGGAUCACUUAUGUGAAGGCACUGGAGACUCUGAACCUGCAUCUUAAUUUGCUGAACUAUUUUGGUAUGCUGGUCACUCAAGGAGGGGGGCUCUUUUUCAAUCUAUCAUGGAGAGGUUUACAAAGAAGAUUGAUGUUGGGAUAAAUUCAAGAACAUAAUUUAAACUACCCAUGAAUCGUUGUAAUUGAUUUUUGUCUAAAAUUUGAUCAGGAAAUUUAUUUUCAAAUUGAAGAGAUCUUUCGAUUGGAACAAUUGUUCCUUGACUAAUGUAGUGACCCAAAAAAGGUAUCUUAGUUUGAAAAAGACAAAGUUUUGGUUUAGAGGCAGCUAGACUGUUAUGUCGAGUGACUUCAAGAUUGAGAUGUUUGAAAUGUUGGUCAAUGGACGAAGAAAAAACCAGGACAUCAUCAAUAUAAACUAUUAUGAAAUCAAAAUUAGGAGAGUAGAUUUGAUUCAUAAUUCUUUGAAAUUCGGAGGGAGCAUUUUUCAAACCAAACAACAUGACGUUCCAUUCAUAUUGGCCAAAGGAAACGGUAAAAGCAGUUUUAUAGCGGUCUGUUUCUUUCAUUUUGAUUUGCCAAAAUCCGGAUUUCAUGUCAAAUUUAGAAAAUAUUAGGGACUGUGAAAGUUUCUGCAGUAGAUCCUUUUGGUUGGGGAUAUGAUACAUAAUCCAUUUCAGAGCCUUAUUCAACGACUUGUAGUUUAUAACAAGCGAGGAACGCCACGUUCCUUUUCUACAUUAUUAAUGACAUAGAAAAGCAGAACAACUCCAAGGGGAUUGGCUAAAUCUGAUAAGGCCCUUAUUGAGCAAUUCUUUAAUUUCUUGUCGACAAUGUUUUUCAAGGUUCAAAUUCAUUUGGAUAGGCCUAGCCUUGGUGGGAAUGAGAUUUUCUAUGAAAUCUUUUUCCUAAGGGAGAUCAACCUGAUGUUGUUUUUUAUGCCAAAAAGCAUUGGGUGUAUCAGCAUAAAUAGAGCUUUCAAUGUGCUCUUUAAAAGAGUUGACUCGUUUUUGCAAAAGGGGUUGAGAAAAGUUGUUGUAAGAUUCGCUGAAAAUGUAUCUCCUCAUGCAAAUAAGAUAUUUAAUUAGUUUUACAACGAAUUAUAUGGUGUAUAUAUUUUAAACAAGAACGUCGUAAAACAUUUAGGUUUUGAACUUUUGGUUUUUGGAGAAACGAGAAUUCAACAUUGUUGCCUAACACAACAGUGUUAAUUCCUUGGUCGGUGACGGUAAAAGGUUUUAGAAGAUUUAGAAAAGGUGUCCCUAGGAUCACCUUUUGUUGCAUGUCACGUACUAGGAUAAAAGGAGUUUUGAAUUCAACAUUUUGAUGACAAAUUAAAGCAUUAGAAAGUUUAUAUUGUACUUGAAGAGGUUGAGAGUUAGCGGUAGAUAGACGCUCGAGGAUCUUUUAAUAGUACUUAGUUGGAAUUAAUCCUUCUUGGAUGAAGUUCAUGUCUGCUCCUGUAUCAAAAAGGGCCAAUGUGCUUCAAGUAAAAUCAGAAGAAACCUGAAUAUUAAUGAUAACAUUGUUAUGAAACUAAUGAAAAUAUAAACAACUACAAGAGAAGAUUAGAGAGGAAAAGACACAAGAGAAGAGAGGGGAAGAGUUCUUCUUAUUCAUUCUUCACUUUUGAUACAAUGGUGUGCUAUAUAGGCACACUUUGGUAACCACUACAUCCUUAUAUCAAUGCAUAUGAAUGAGAGAUAAUAAUGUAGGAAUAGGGGUUACAUGUAACUCCCAAGUGAGCAUCUAAUGUGGUAAUGGCAAUGGUCAUCCAUAUAUCAAUAUUUACAUAAUACUCCCCCUUGGAUGACCAUUAGAUUGCAUUACGUUAUCUCAUACUGCCUCGUUAAAAACCUUACCAGGAAAACCCAGUGGGAAAAAACCAUGGUUAAGGGAAAAAGAGUGCAGUGCGUAUAUGCUCCCCCUCAUGACCACAUCACUUCAAAUCUUUGAGUCGUUGAACUCAAAUUUCACGAACAACUUUUAUAAAGAUUGUUGUCGGGAGUUAGUUAGUGAACAAUCUUCUAGAUUGUCAAUCUUAUGCAUGAUCUUUAGAUUUUCUUUAUACAUGAUCCUCAGGAUCAUUUCAUUUGAAAAUAGUUCACAACCACAAGUACUUGAGAUAUGGUGGAUCACAAAGUGUAACGAAAGACAUUCGGGACUUGCCCAUUAUAGUUUGUUUUGUUUCUUUAUGAAACAUUUAUAUCACCAUAUAUAAGAGAUAGCUCGUCUCCGAUCAACCAAUAUAAGGAUCAAUUGAUAUAUAAGAUUUGGAUAUAUAGUUUACCAAAUCUCUCUUUGAUAAUACCAUAAUAGAACAAUCGCAAAUAUUGUUCCUGGAGGUAACAAAGUAUUUUCCAACGUUCAAUAUGGUACUUCAGGACCUAAUGUUUCACUUCUUUCUUGAUUUCUAAAUGGAUCUUUGGUCACUUCUAGUGAUCUUAGGAUCCUAAUGUUAUUUGAUGAACACAAUUCGUUCAUGCAAAAUUACUUUCCCACUUUUUCAACAUUACCUUCCUUGCCCAUAAAAAGGAUCUUAAAUCCUUCAAUUUAACUUAUGUCUCGAAGCAAUCAACUGCUUUAGGAAGCUCUUCAGGAGCUCCAAUAAUAGACAUAUCAUCAACAUAAUAUGAGAUCGUCACAAAAAAAAACUUGAGUAAAACAAAUUGAAGCAAUCAAUUCUUUCAUAUCACGAAAGAUAUUAACAAAACACACAUCAAAGAAACAUAUGAACUAGACAAAUCACACUCAUAAAAUACAACUCAUACUUUAAAGUAAAUCACAACUCAUAAAUCAAGAAUUUAAAUCCUUGAAGCACAUACAGACAACACAAUUAUAUAUGCACAAUGCAAAUGCUCUAAUGACUCUAUCCGGAUCUAACCUUUUAAGGUUGAUUCACCAUACUGUUGUAGGUGUUCUCUUAGACGAGUAUUUCACAAUCGUCUAUAUUGUCUCAACCCACACAAGGGAUUUUCUUAGUCUAUCGAUAUAUGUUCUCGAGAACUUUACUUGUUUACUUCAGGUAAAUGAAUUCUUCUAGGAGUAACUAAUCCUUCUGGGAGUUUCAAAUAUAUAUAACAUCUUCAGGUAAUUCAAACAAAUAGGCCAUCACAACAAUUUUCAAACAUUGAUUUGAAAAAGUAGUUGCAUCCACCACAAAGGAGUAUAACUCCUCUUAAACAAUGAUAGGUCUCUUCGAGAAACCAUUGCAAAACAUUGUGCUAUAUCUCUCACAAUUUCAUACUUUCCAGUAGCACAAAAAUUUGUUUGUAUCCCGCUAGUUUUGCCCUUUUUUAAGUGCAAGGACUUCUGGUCCUUAAACUUUAUGCUCCUUGAGCAAGUUUCAUGAUUUUUUUCUAUAUUGGCCAAUAACAUCAUCAUUUGCAUGCAUCAAUAGAGUUUUACUCUUGAUCCUCACUUAUAUAUAUCAUAUUCAGUACUGAAGUACAACAAACAAAUUUCGUCGACAAUGACUUCAUUUCGGUUCCAGUAUUGUAGUCUAAUAUAUUUUUGAGAUCUCUUCCCUUUCACAACUUUCAGAGACAUGUGUUCUUAUGGAACUAAAAUUAUACUUAAUUCUUGGUUACUCUUCUUCAGUUUUCAUGUCCUCGAGUUGACCAUUCUAAUUACAGCUCCUUUUAUUUCUUGAGGAUGUUUAUCAUUGGAACCGAUUGGUCUAUCACGCUUCAUGCGCUCUUUCAUACACAUUUUUUUUUAAUAUUAGAGUAUCCAACAAGGAUGUCAAAUUUAGUUGGAGCAUUCACAGCUAGUAUAUUUGACUUGGUCACUUCGUAUGGCCAGUAAAGGCAUUUGAUAGUUGGUAACGAUAAUUCAUCUUAUGAACUUCAGGUUCAUGUUUCUUACUUUGAGGAUCAAAACUAGAUAAUGAUAACUCAUUCCAACUCAUCUCUUUGUCUAGCUGUUUUUUUUCUCUCCCCCCCUUAAUGUUGGAAAAGUGAUUCAUCAAAACUAUAAUUUCGUAAACAAAUUUCCCAUUUGGGAUUCAUUCCCAACACAAAUUCUCAAUUUCCAACGAGAAUCAACUUAAGAUAUUGUGGUGGAGCAAUUGGGAUGUAUGCGGCACACCCUGAUAUUCUCAUAUGAGAAAUGUUAGGUUUUUGACCAAAAUCAUUUGUAAAAGGGGGGAACUUAUGAUAACUUGUUGGUUAGAUGUGAACCAAUACUAUCCCUUGCCAGCUAGCAUGUCCUCGACAAGAGAUCAGAAGGCUUAGUUUGUUCUCUUAAGAAAAGUGAUGUUUGAUUGGAUAAUCAUAAAAAUGUAUCCAUAGUGAGGCAAUCAAUCUCGCAAACAUCGGGUUUCGAUUAGAUAAAAUAAAAGUGAUCAUAUAAAAUCUCCAGAGAUUUGCCAACUCUUAUACAAGCUCUGAUCAAUUGUUCUAUUCUCCUUGAGAACAAACAUGGCAUAAUAACUCUUUUAGUUGAAGAUUUCUUUAACUUCUCAUAUGAUGUUCUCAUGAAUUCUCAAAGAAAUUUUUUCACAUCAAGAUCCGGGAUGGUCUAACCGGACCAACCAAUUAUAAAGUUAUCAAAUCUUGUAAACUUCUGGUUUACACUUGUAUGUGUACGGAUUGUACUAAUAUACAUGUAGUACAUAUUUGUGAUGCAAAUAUUAGUUUCACUAUUUUCUUGAUAAGAUAUUCAUUUUACGAAUAUCCUUUUAAUUGGGUAAUGCAUAAUCACUAGGUAGUGUGGUUUCUUCAGACCACAAAAUUAGCUCCUUUAAAUCUUCACCAUAUUUUGUACCAUAUUCCACCCUUCCGGGGACUUAUGAUGUGAUGCAUUCUUAGUAAACACAAAUUCAUAGUGAAUAUCAUCACAAAUUGUUAUCGCGAGUACAUAAUUUAGUUACUUCAAGUAACCAAACAUAAGCUCUUCGGAAGCUUUUUCUUAUUUAUGUACUCUACCAUAUAGUUUAUAUGGAAUUUUUCUAAUACUCAUACUUUAUAAAAACAUAAUAAAAGUAAUAAAUGAGAAUAUUUCAAACUUAAGACACAAAUGAUGAAUUUAUCAAGUUAAUUGUUCUAGAUAAAGGUUAUCAAAUUAAGUUAUGCAUGAAAAAUAACGUCACAAUAAAACAUAAAAGAAAUAAGAAUCAUAAUACUACAAUUGUGCAAAUUAAAUAAGAUUUAUUUGGAACAAUACCAUUACUAACUAGGUGAUUUUAAAUUUAUAUAUGCGUUUCAUUAUACAUUAUAAUGUACAACAGGUACAUUAUGUUAUCAUGACUUUGAUAAUGCAAUUAUGGUGUCAUCCUUAUUUAAUUCUCCUUUUUUUCCUCUUUUCUCACUUCUGGUGAAAAUAUCCAAACAAUACAUUUAACAUAUAUAU